AUGGCUGUUGACAAGAGAUGUGUGAGGUGUGUUCCUGAAAUAAACGUGGCGUCCACUGGGUUUCGCAUCACGUGCCCGGGAAUGAGCUUUAAACGCGACGAAAAUGGAAAUCCCUUUGCUCUUCGGGGGCUGAAUCAAUCUCCCGAGGGAAAUGAGCAUUUCAGCACCGCACCCAUCAUCAUCACCAUCAUCAAUCAACAAAAAGCCUAUCCAAAAAUACAGGGUACGAGACAUAUACGAUUCAAGCAGCUGAGGCAUAUAUGUGCGAAAGCUUGUUGUGCGCAAAGGGGGCUCCUUCAGUGGCUGUUCCCAGGGGUUGAAUUGAACGGAAUGAACGUCGGCUCUCUGAGCUCCUCUGGGAGAGCUGUUGUGACUCGUAAAAUGCCUUCAACGCUUGGAUAA